AUGCCAGCAGUAACUAACAGUAAAGUAGAUGAAUCAAUUAAUACAGAUAUCAUCACAUUACCAAGAUUUAUAAUAGAAUCUCAAAAGCAGCAUCCAAAAGCUAAGGGAGAUUUCUCUUUGGUUUUAAAUGCAUUACAAUUUGCAUUUAAAUUUAUAUCACAGACAAUAAGAAAAGCUGAAUUAGUUAAUUUAAUUGGUCUCACAGGCGAUAUAAAUUCAACUGGUGAUCAACAAAAGAAAUUAGACGUACUUGGGGAUGAAAUUUUCAUUAAUGCAAUGAAAUCAUCCUCUAUCGUUAAAAUUCUUGUUUCAGAAGAACAAGAAAAUUUAAUCUAUUUCGAUGAAAAUGAGCCUAAGUAUGCGAUCUGUUGCGAUCCAAUUGAUGGUUCUUCAAAUUUAGAUGCGGGUGUCUCGGUAGGUACCAUUGUAUCAAUCUUUAGAUUAUUACCAAAUUCUGAUGGCUCUACAACUGACGUCUUAAGAUGUGGUAAGGAAAUGGUAGGUGCAUGCUACGCAAUGUAUGGUUCCUCGACGCACCUAAUGCUCUGUAUGGGUGAUGAAAUUGAUGGUUUUACGUUGGAUAACAAUUUAGGUGAAUUUAUCCUAACAUAUCCAAAUCUGAAAAUACCAAGCCAUAACCUGAUCUAUUCAAUCAAUGAAGGGAAUUCAUACUAUUGGGAUGACUCAAUUGUAACUUUUGUUCAAAAAUUGAAAACACCAGAUCAAGAAACUGGUGGAAAGCCAUUUUCAUCAAGGUAUAUAGGUUCCAUGGUAGCGGAUAUGCAUAGAACAUUUUUAUAUGGUGGAUUAUUUGCUUAUCCAAGUGAUCGUAAAAAUCCUAAUGGUAAAUUAAGAUUACUUUAUGAGGCAUUCCCCAUGGCAUUCUUAGUCGAACAUGCCGGAGGCAAAGCGGUUAACGACCAAGGUGUACGGAUUUUAGAUCUACAAGCAGAACAUAUUCAUGACAAAUCAUCCAUCUGGAUAGGUUCAGCUGAUGACGUUGACAAAUAUUUGAAACAUAUUGGAAAAUUAUGA